ACUUCCGGUUAAUAUUUCACACGUGUUGUUCGACAAACUGUUGUUUACUUCCAGAUAUAUUGAAAUCCUUACUUCAAACUGGCUUUAAAAUGAGCGAAAACGGUCUUGCUAACAUUCCUUAACCGUAAUUGUUUAUACUGAACGCCGAGAUGUCAGAAGCAAGUAAAAUAUUUGCAGGUUACAGAGCACUUGGUUUUGUCAGCAGUGGAGUACCACUGGCAGUUAGGUAUCAUCAAAAACACAAGGAGAAUUAUGUAGUGACAGCCGUUGGAAAGGCAUUCCAUACAUAUAAUUGUUCAAAGCUCGGUAUUGUAAGCGUCAGCGAUAGCCACCCAGAGGAGAUAAGUGUGCUUGGUGUAGAUCGGGCCCUCACAUUCACAGCUUGUAGAAAUGUGGUGCGAGCCUUUACAAGGGGAAAACAGGUAAAGUACACAUACGAGGGUCACAAACAUGAUGUCCACUUGUUGCUACCCUUUGGUCAGCACCUGAUCUCCGUGGACAGGGAAAGUACUGUUAUCAUCUGGGACAUACAGUCACAAGACCAGUACCUGGAGCUGCAAUUCAAUAAUGGAAGCUUUGAAGUGACAUCAUUGUUGCACCCCAGUACGUACAUGAACAAGGUGGUGCUAGGGAGCCGGCAAGGAGAACUGCAAUUGUGGAAUGUCAAGGCCAACAAGCUCGUAUAUACAUUCCAGGGCUGGGGACAGCCUGUCACUGUACUUACACAGGCCCCAGCUCUGGAUGUGGUUGCUGUGGGGUUGGAGAAUGGGCAGAUAAUCCUGCACAACCUCAAGGUGGAUGAGACAAUCACCAAGUUCCUGCAGGACUGGGGACCGGUCACUUCAAUCUCAUUCAGAACUGAUGGGCACCCGAUAAUGGCAACAGGAAGUGCAAGUGGUCACAUUGCCCUAUGGGACCUUGAAGAAAGAAAGCUACGCAGCCAGAUGAGGGAGGCACACGCAGGUGCAGUUACGGGGAUGCAGUGUCUCCCCUCCGAGCCACUCAUGGUCACAUCUGCAGCUGAUAACACUCUGAAGGUGUGGAUAUUUGACAUGCCGGACGGAGGUGGUCGUCUGUUAAGGGAGAGAUCAGGUCACUCUGCUCCAGUCAACAAGCUUCGUCAUUAUGGCAAUGAUGGCAGAAAUAUUCUGUCUGCAGGCCAAGACAGUACUCUACGAUCCUUCUCAACCAUUCAUGAGAGACACAACAAAAGUUUGGGCCGAGCCUCGUAUCAUAAAAGCCAGACAAAGAAGAAGACCCUGAAGUACGACCAACACAGAAUGCCUUACAUCGUCAACUUUGUGGCAGAGCCAUCUCGUCAGAGUGACUGGGACAACAUCCUGGCGUACCAUCGCGGCCUUAAUCUGGUGACGACCUGGAACUACCAGCGCUCCACCAUGGGAGAACACAAGUUCCUUCAUCAGAGGUUCACUGAGGAUGCCGCAAAUCACAGGAACACUGUGGCUCAGUGUGUGGAGAUAACAUCAUGUGGAAACUUUGGCCUGAUUGGCUACAGCUCUGGCCACGUGGACGUGUACAACCUGCAAUCCGGCCUGCAAAGGGGCAGCUAUGGAGAGGACAGAGCCCACAGUAGCAGUGUACAGGGUGUGGUGGUUGAUGGGCUAAACCAGGUUACCUUGACAUCGGGGCGGGACGGGGAUUUGAAGUUCUGGAGCUUUAAACAAAAAAAACUCCUCGAGACGGUGAAAUUGGAGUCUCCUGUCUCCAGUAUACUGCUUCAUAGGGAGAGUGCAAUGCUGGCAGUUGCCCGUGAUGAUUUCCAUGUGAACAUUGUCGAUGUAGACGGCCAGAAGGUGGUCAGGAAGUUUACUGGCCAUGAAAACAGGAUAACAGACAUGGCAUUCAGCAGUGAUGCGCGGUGGUUGGUCACAGCAGCCAUGGACUGUUCACUCCGAGUCUGGGACCUUCCGACUGGCAGGUUGAUAGACUGUUUCCUGGUGGACAGUGCAGUGACCUCCCUGACCUUGUCCCCAACCUCUGACUUCCUGGUUACCUCGCACUUGGACGACUGUGGGGUCUACCUCUGGUCCAACAAGACUCUCUUCUCACAUGUCGCCCUCAAAGCCCUGCCCGAGAACUAUGAACCCCAGCUGGUGGACCUGCCUUCCACUGGCAGGCAAACACCAGGAGAGUCCGACCAGGAUGCGGACGGGGCUGAGGAAGAGUUUGUGAGGUCAGAGUUCAAGUCCCCGGAACAGAUCAGCAGUGAACUUGUCACACUGUCCCUACUGCCAAACUCACGAUGGCAGAAUCUCCUACAUCUGGAUAUUGUUAAGCAAAGGAACAGACCUAAGCAGCCACCGAAGGCCCCUAAAGCAGCUCCAUUUUUCCUGCCCACUGUGGCGGGGCUUGAACCCAAGUUUGCCCUUCCAGAGAACCAAACGUCAGGCAAGACCAGUAAGGUAGCUGCAGGCAGUCUGAUGCCCCUGUGUACCCUGGGUAAACUACUGCUGGAGGCCGCCAACACACACAACUACACUCCUGUCCUGGACUACAUUAAAUCAUUAAGCCCAUCAGCAGUGGAUGUUGAAAUUCGCUCCCUGGAUCCUGACAUGGGCGGCUCGCUGGAUGUACUGCGGGCAUUCAUACAGUUUGCCAAGGCCACACUUGAGACCAACAGGAACUUCGAGAUAAUACAGGCUUACUUGGGACUUUUCUUGAAGGUGCAUGGGGAUGAGUUGUCCAGCCAGAAGGACCUGGUUCCUGACCUGGAGGCCUUGGCAGGAAUACAGGCCACGUCGUGGAGUUCUGUGCAGGACUCACUUAACCAAACACUGUGUCUCGUCAACUACCUACGAACUGCUGUACUGUGAACGGAAUGGGGAGACAUUUUAAAUACUGGACAGUGCUUGCAUGCUCUGCUUACUAACAGGGCAGGACAUUGUAGCAAUCGUGAGAAAUUAUUAAGUAUUUUGGCAUGACAUUGUUGAGCCAGAAUUGUCACAUGUGUUCAAUGAUGGAAUUUUCUCUUGAAUGAAAGGAGUACAGAAUGUUUUGUAAUUGAUUGAUUUGUAUAAAUAUUACACUUCAAUACACAUACAUUCAGUGUUAUAGAAUAAAUAAUGAAAAUUA